AACAUUGUUAUCUGGUUUGCAGUCAUUGAAGGCAUUCUUCUGCCGAUCGCUCUCUACAUAACUGACGACCCCUUUAGGGACGCCGUGAAGAGGAGUUUCCGUAGAAAAAACUACCGGUGCUCUGACAUCAGUAAAACAGGCACUGAGGGUCCGUUUCCGCUAUACUUCAAUGACUUCGCGCUAAUCGAUAAGCCAUACGUCGGUGCCAUGAGUUCAAUACCGACCGCUAAACUCAAUACCUCUCCGUCGCCGUUGACUGUGGUCUCGAAUUAUAGGCGCUCAUCGAUGAGGGCUAAUGAGAAACACCGGCGAACCAACGCUAAUGAGCCGCUAAUGCGGGCCAACGCUAACGGUCUGUCCUCGUCGUCGUCGCUGCGGAAAUGCAAACCACCGAAAGGUAACGACAAAUACAUGUUUCUCAGCAUUUAUGGCGUCGACAAAGUCAUACCAGUGACCAAACCGGGCGUACAAUACAAUACGGGCACCAGUAGUCACGUUCGCUGCGGAAAUGCAAACCACCGAAAGCAUUUAUGGCGUCGACAAAGUCAUACCAGUGACCAAACCGGGCGAUGUUAUGUUAUGCCCGUGGUCAUCAGUGCUGCCGCCGGUGAGAGACCGGUUGGGAAUGCGGGUGUGGAUAUUUUUGUCAUGUUGAGACAGCUGCAAGCGGCCGAGACUGCCGAGAUAGCCUGUCCGAAAGGUCACAACAAUUAUGCGAACGACGAUCACAUUUACGCCACUCUUUCCGAAACGUUUAGCGUUCGGUCCACUCUUCCCGACAAAAGACAAUUACAGCAAAAGUUACAAAAACUAAACGACCAAACGGUCGAUCAAAUGGAGAGGAAUGCGAUCUCCAGUUUGUCUAAUGAGCCAAAUAUGCAAAACUCGUCGCCGAUAUCUGCCUUCAAUACGGGACCCAAUUGUGCGAAGAGCUGCGGCACCGGUAGUGUCGACGGCCUGUCAAUGAGUGGCGUGUCGUUCACCACAUUAGCGAACGACGACUUC